AUGAUGACCAAGCUCUGGAUGAUUGCUGGCUGCAUGGCGGCGUCCGUCUCAACCGCUACAUGUGCGAACCUCCUUCAAGAACAGAACAUUCCACUCAACCUCGCCCUCGACAUUGCGCAGAAUGCGGUCCAGAACUGUGCCAAGGAGCAAUAUAGCGUAUCUGCAGCGGUGGUUGACCGGGAAGGUGUCCUGCGCGCCCUCCUUCGCGCUGACAAUGCCGCCAUCCACACCCCCGAAGCGGCGCGCCGGAAGGCCUAUACAGCCGCAUCCUCGCGGACAGCGACCAGUACCAUGGUCAAGAACAUCCAAAACCCCGGUGCUGCUCAACUCGCGGCGGUUGAUGACUUUCUCAUUCUCGCCGGUGGUGUGCCCAUUACAGUCAACAAUGAGACGGUCGGUGCUGUCGGUGUGGGUGGUGCUCCCAGCGGAGACUUCGAUGAGGCUUGUGCAAAGGCUGCACUCGAGCAGGUGGCAGACCAGCUGGCAUAG